AUGUCAUCGAAGAACAAAACCUACUUGGAAUCACUAGUUUCUCAGUUACCUCCAGAGCAAGAAACCUCUGAAGAACUGUUAAGUUGUUAUGAGAUCAUAUUGUUUGGGUUGGGAAUAUCAUACUACGGAGUUCCUUUAGCAGCUAGAGACAUAGACGUCAACAUAUACUUAUCUGAAACCCUAAACGCAGUGGUGGAGUUGCCUUCUUUUGUUAUCACUCCGAUCAUAUUGGAGAGGGUCAACAGAAGAAGCUCUGUUCUAGUGAAUACAUUACUAGGUGGAGCUUCAGGAGUGCUUUGUUUCGUUCUCAGCGUUCUUGGGAAAACAGGCAUUGCGUUUGCGUUUGAGCUAGCGACGUUUUUCUGUGCAAGGAUCGGAUUCAACCUAAUGGCGGUUUACAUGGUUGAAAUGUUUCCUACUUGUGUGAGAAGUUCUGCAACAAUGAUGUUUAGACAGGCCCUUGUUGUUGGAGGAGCUUGUUGUCCGCUCAUUGCUUCCAUUGGAAGAGAUCUACCAUCAGUAUCCUUUGCGAUUUUCGGAGUUGCCAUGUCUGGUUUGGGGUUGUUCGUUUUGAUUCUACCCGAGACAAAAGGUUCAAGCCUCUGCGAUACAAUGGAAGAACAAGAAAAAAGAGAUCAAGCUAUAAACUCUAGCUGUUGUUGA